AUGUCUAUAACAACAGACGACGAGGACGCUAUUGCACGGGAAAUCGCAAUUAGGUUUGAAGAAGAUGGAGGAGUGUAUUAUAACAACGCAAAUGAGGUUAACAAAACCAAAGUAAACGUUGAGGCGUUACAUGCAUAUGUCAAUGAAAAAACAAAAAGAUCGUUUGAGGAAGAAUUUAAGAAACUUCCAUACGGUCUUACAAAAUCGUACGAAGAUUCGCAAAAAGCGACCAAUAUGUCACGAAACAGAUAUAAAGGAAUUUACCCAUAUGACGAUUCAAGAGUGAAGGUUUGGUGCAAUGGAACUGAUUACAUAAACGCAAGCUUUAUCGAUGGUUACAAAAGAAGAAAUGAAUACAUCGCAACUUUAGGUCCGAUGUCAAAACAACUUGGAGACUUUGGAUUGUUUUGGGAAAUGGUCUGGCAGCAGAAAGUUGAAAAAGUCGUCAUGGUUACCAAUUUAAUUGAAGAAGAGAAAGAGAAAUGUGACAAAUAUUGGCCGGAUGUUGGACCGUCUACCCGUUAUGGAAAUGUUAAAGUUACUUGUCUGUCAGAUUAUGAGUAUGCUGAAUUUACAAGACGAACAUUUCAAAUAUCUCAGAGUUCCGAAGAGAGAAAACUUUACCAGUUUCAUUUCACGUCUUGGCCUGACAGAGGUGUACCUGAGGACGUUCUCUCUCUUAUAGAGUUCUGGAAAAUGGUCCUGAACUCUUCGAAAAAGCUCAAUGGUCCAACAUUGGUCCAUUGCAGUGCGGGCGUGGGACGAACGGGCACCUAUAUUGCUCUCGACAUUUUGACGAAGGAAGGAGAAGCGGAAGGGAGCAUUGACGUCCCCGGAUGUGUACUCAACAUGCGAAGGAACAGGCCAAACAUGAUCCAAACACUGGAACAGUAUCAGUUUCUCCAUAGAGCACUGGUUCAUUCACUGACGUUGGACUGUAACCCGGUGAAAGGGAAGCAUUAUCAGCAAUUCGUGGAUAAUCUUAGAGAUAGUGAUAAGGGGGAGCUGUAUCAGAAUGCCCAAUUCACUCCAGAACAAUAUUCAGAGGAAGAAUCUCAAGCAACCGAGAGGAACAAAACAAACGAGGGAAAAAGCAGAGCAAAUGCCGACAUUCCAGUCCUAGUUUGAGUUCUGCCAUGAGUGCGUUCUAGCGUACAUGAAGUGUUUUGAAUACAACAUGUACUCACACUUUCGAGAAACACAUAAAGAUACAAUGAUCGUGUUCUUGCGAAUAUCAAGUCUUUCAAAUACAACAUGUAUUCAACCUCGUAAAAGGACAAAAAGAUUCCACAAUUCCCUCUAGCGGACAUAAAGUAUUUUCAAUUGAGCAGUUACUCAAUUAUCGGGGAAACACAUUAAGAUGACAUGAGUGUGUUCUAGUGUACAUCAAAUCUUUUUUUAUAUGAACUGAACUGAAACUUUUGAGUGUUUCAAUCAUUAAUUUGUGUUUUCAUAUUCUGUAUUCCGAAUGUUGUAGGGGAAAGACUCUCAAACUAUUCUAGGGUACACCAAAUCUGUCAAAACCAAUAAGAUUUCCGUUUUUGCCUUUAUGUUCAUACCGUACCCAUGUCCGUAGAGCUCCAAAUCUGGUGAAAUGCAUUAAGAUUUUGAUUAAAUGACAACCGUCUUGUAUCAUGAGUUUUCAUAUCGUGUUUAGUAAAUCAUUGCUGUUCGUUUGUAUAAUAUAUCUUCGACAGAAAACUUACCUUGUAUAUAUAUAUAAUUAUUACAUAUUGUUUUUAAAAUGUACAUAAUGUUAAAUUGUAGAUCGACUGCAAAUAAUAUGUUUACAUAUUUGAGAGUUAAGUUCAUUGCUAUUCCUAAGAUCAUUG